AUGCAGGCCAUUGAUCAGAUCAUCAACUCUGCCGCAAAGACACACUACAUGUCCGGUGGUAUCCAACCCUGCCCGAUCGUCUUCCGCGGUCCCAACGGUUUCGCUGCUGGUGUCGCUGCUCAGCAUUCUCAAGAUUAUUCCGCGUGGUACGGCAGCAUCCCAGGUCUAAAAGUUGUCGCACCUUGGAGCGCAGAAGAUGCGAAAGGUCUUUUGAAGGCUGCCAUCAGAGAUCCAAAUCCUGUCGUGGUUCUAGAGAAUGAGUUACUCUAUGGCCAAACCUUCCCCAUGUCCGACGCCGCCCUGAAGAACGACUUCGUCAUUCCAUUCGGCAAAGCCAAGAUUGAACGGCCAGGAAAAGACCUUACGAUUGUCACCCUCUCCCGCAAUGUCGGCUUGUCCCUAACAGCCGCUGAAGAAUUGAAGUCAAAAUACGGCGUAGAUGCCGAAGUUAUCAAUCUUCGAUCCGUCAAGCCUCUCGACGUAGAGGCUAUUGUCAAGUCAGUCAAGAAGACCAGGAGAAUGAUGUGCGUCAGCUCCGAUUUCCCAGCAUUUGGUGUUGGGUCAGAGAUUAUCGCUCUUACUUGCGAAUAUGCCUUUGAUUACCUGGAUGCUCCUCCAGUCAGAGUCACUGGUGCUGAAGUGCCGACACCUUAUGCUCAGAAGUUGGAGGAAUUGAGUUUCCCGCAGGUCGAUACCAUCGUCAAUCACGCUGCCAAAUUGUUGAGAGUAUAA